UAUGGCUGAGACGAGAGAUGAAAGCCACCAAAAAUCGGAUGAAAAUGAAAUUGAAAAUAAUGAUCUGACGUCUAAAUGCGAUAAUAGGGAAAAUCAAAAUAACUGCAGUCAUUUAUCACUGGAAAUUGAACAGCUGAUUGAUGAUGCAGUUGAAUUUGAAAAACCAAAUGGUACCAUUAGUUUUCAUCGUUUAAACUGCACAGCCAGUGUGAAGACUGAUCGUCGAUGUUGCGGAAAAUCUCAACAAAAAUUUAUACUCAACAAUUUAAGUGGCAAAUUUAAGCCUGGCUUAACUGCAAUUAUGGGUCCGAGUGGUAGUGGGAAAUCAACUUUAUUGGAUAUAUUGUCUGGUCGAAAAGAUCUGGGCAACGUUGAUGGACAUAUAUUAGUUAAUGGACGACCACUUCCACCCGACUUCCGCUUGAAGAGUGGUUAUGUGAUUCAGGACGAUGUUUUAAUGGAUAUGCUAACUGUGCGGGAAAAUAUAGCCUUCUCUGCAUCUCUUAGACUACCAAAAGGAACUACGUCUCAGCAAAAGCAAAAUUAUAUCGAUCGUAUAGUUGAUGAUCUUAGUCUUUCGCAUUGUCAAAACGUAAAGGUUGGAACGGUAAUUAAUCGAGGAAUUUCUGGCGGAGAACGAAAAAGAACAUCAAUAGCAUUAGAGAUAAUUAAUUCUCCUUCUUUUCUGUUCCUUGAUGAACCAACAACUGGUCUAGACGCACAUAUGGCCAGAUCUGUGGUUAAUUGCUUAAAACGAUUAAGUGAGGAUGGCAGAACAAUAAUAUUGUCCAUUCAUCAACCUAGAUAUGCUAUUUUUGAAAUGUUCAAUUGGCUUUAUAUGCUACAAGAAGGCCAAUCUAUAUAUAAUGGUCCACCACAAGAAACAGUUAGCCAUUUUGGAAAGUUGGGUUAUCAUUGCGGUAGUUUUGAGAAUCCAUGUGAUUUUUUUAUGGACGUUAUCGGUGAUCCUAUCGGUAUGCUAGAUGAUGAUUUAAAAAGUGAAGCUGACGAAGAUGCAUUACCUUUGAUUUCUAUCGAUCCAAAAAUUCAAACUUCCCAUUUCCAAAUCUUAGAAGAGCUGGAGAGCGAAGUAAAAAGUAUAGGUAUCAAGUCUAAAACGAAAGUUGAAGAUUACCCAGUAUCAGUGUUUACGCAAUUUGCUAUUGUUUCCCAACGAACCUUAAAAGUUGUGUUAUUGAAUCCACAUGUUCUCUCGGCUCACGUAUUUACAGCUGUGAUAUUUGCAUUGAUAGUAGGAUGUAUAUACUAUCAAGUUGAUUCUUCACGUACGUCCGCCAUUCAGAAUAGAUAUGGUGCUUUCUUUUUCAUUGUUAUGAAUUAUGUUUUUGGUAAUAUGGCCGUUGUUGGUUUAUUCUUGAAGGACAGAGUUCAAUUCAUACAUGAAUCAACAAGUGGUUACUACCGGAUUUCGGUAUACUUUUUAUCAAAAUUUUUUUGCGAAGUAUUACCCAUUAAAUUGGCAUCGGUUCUGGUAUUUAGUUUUAUAUCUUACUGGACUAUAGGCUUUCAAAAUGAAACUGUAAAAUUCUUCGCUUUUGUCUGGAAUACUUUAUUUACGAGUCUCUCGGCCUGUUCUGUUGCUAUGUUUUGGUCUGCAUCGGUUACUAAUCAUACAGUUGGUACUCUUCUAACUUCAAUGGUUUGGGUUACAAUGAUGGUAUAUAGCGGUUUGUUAGUAAACAUUGAAACUAUUCCCGUUUGGUUAAGAUGGAUACAACAUAUAUCCAUAUUUCGUUAUAGUAUGAAUUGGUAUUCAAUAAAUGAGAUAAAAGAUCAAGAAUAUUGUAGUAUAGUAAAAUCAACGGAUCUGGGAAAAGUACCUGUUCUAGAUCUCAAUCAAGAAGAGGAGGUAUGCACCAAGGGAAAUCCGUGGCUACGUGGACAAGGAAUAAGUUAUGAAACUACUUGGGAUCUAUGGAGAAAUUUUUGUGGAAUAUCAUUGAUUAUGUUAUUCUUUCUUAUUGGUGCUUACGCUCAGUUGCGUAGAUUGAAGAAAACUCGUUAA